UGCGUAUUUAGAAGGCCAUGGACAAGAAGAAGUAGCUAUAAAAGUCCUCAACAUCUAAGAAGUCGUAUCAGUUCAAGUUCAAGAAAUUCAAGUGAUUUUAUAAAAAAAAAUGUUCAAGAAACUUUUCUUCUUGUGUGCCAUCCUGGCUAUUGCCACGGCAGCUCCAGCUGAACAGGCAGAUCAUGCAGUUGACUUAGAACCAGUGCCGGCUGCCUUAGUACCAGCGGAAGCUGAUUUAGAAACAGCGGCAUCUGCUCAUCAUCAUGGAUAUGGAGGAUAUGGAGGUUAUCCUUAUGGAGGAUAUGAUGAUUAUGGAUAUGGUGGUUAUGGACCAGGUUAUGGAUACGGUGAGUAUGGCUUAUAUGUCGGUAUUGGCGGAUACGGAGGUUAUGGAGGAUAUGGUGGAUAUGGAUACCCCUACCACCACCACCACCACCACCACCAUCAUCAUGGAUAAAUAAUGAACAUAGAUCUUUUCAAUUAAUGUGAUGUUCUUUGACUGUAAAUAAUAGAAUAAAUUUAACAAAUAAAAUGUACAAAUACUUUA